UGACUUAAAAUGUCCCUUUUUGUUUUGUUCCAGAAAGAUGAACUUAGAGUCCAGAGCACAGAUGCAGAGCCCGGUCUACAUGUCAUCCCACUGACACAGAAAGGUUUUGCACUUUUCAACCAGCUCACCACAAAUCAUCAUGUCUCAUCGAGGGCCUUUAACUGCCGUCAUAACGACGGUGUUAGGGGCGACCUUAGGAGGACUGCUCAUAUGGCGAGUUUACCGGACGAAGCGGAAGAGGCUGCCUUUCAUCCAGAAGGUGGCCGAUCCCGUGGACGCUCCGUGUCCUGUUGAAAAGACGUUUACAGCUGUGGAGUAUAAAGACCCCGUACAAGAGAAGGAGUUCAAGGCCGUGGAGUGUGAGACCCCUCAGCAGCGCCACGUUGUGAAGAUACCGUCUUCUGAGCAGCUGCUGGGAGUGAAGCCUGUGAUGGUGAGCUCUGAAGAAGAGUGGCAGCAGCUGUGGCCGCUGAUGCAGAAGGAGCUGUCGGUGUUCCCCGUGCUGGGGCUCGACUGUGAAUGGGUAAAGACCGAAGGCGUGUCAGAGAAAGGCCGGACGUCUGCGGUCUCCCUGUUACAGUUGGCCUCAUAUUCAGGUCUGUGCGUCCUGGUGAGGCUGCUGGCGUUUCGCAGCGACCGGCAGCCGUUCCCCCUCAGCUUAAUGGAAGUCCUCAGAGACCCCCACGUUUUGAAAGUCGGCGUCGGCUGCUAUGAAGACGGGAAGCGCCUGACGCGUGACUACGGCCUGUCCAUGUCGUGUACAGUCGACCUGCGCUACAUCGCCUUAAGACAGAGGCAAACUUCGGUGACUAACGGCCUGAGUCUGAAGUCUCUGGCAGCCGAUCUGUUGAAUGUUUCUCUGGAUAAAUCUCUGGAGCUGCGCUGCAGUGACUGGGAGGCAGAUCAACUGACCAUGGAGCAGAUGAUCUACGCUGCCAGAGACGCCCAGGUUUCCAUCGCCCUCUUCCUCCGUCUGCUCGGCCUCCACUCUGAAGCCGAGCCCGCCUAUUCCAGCGGGUGCUCUUACUCAGAGCUGGCGUCCCGCUGCCAGGGCCUGGUGGACGUUCCCUUCAGAGGCCGAGGAGGAGACGGAGGAGACGACAGGAACACAGACGGAGAGAGGAAGCGGAGGACGCGGAAGCCGGCCGCUUAUGAAAGCCCCGAGUCUGGAGAUCAGCAAGUCCCAGACCCUCGAAAGAACAACAAGAGGAAACCGCUGGGGGUGGGCUACUCCGCCAGGAAGUCUCCUCUCUAUGAUAACUGUUUCCUCCACGCUCCAGACGGCCAGCCUCUGUGUACCUGCGACAAGAAGAAAGCCAAAUGGUACCUAGAUAAAGGAAUAGGAGUGCUGCAGAGUGAAGAGCCUUUCGUUGUCCGGCUGCUGUUUGAGCCGUCGGGACGUCCCGACUCCCAGCAGGAUUAUUAUCUCACUGCUAAAGAGAAUCUGUGUGUGGUCUGUGGAAAAGCAGAUUCAUACAUCAGGAAAAACAUCGUGCCACACGAGUACAGGCGUCACUUUCCCACCGAGAUGAAGGACCACAACUCCCACGACAUCCUGCUGCUGUGCACCAGCUGCCACGCCGCCUCCAACGUGCACGACAGCUUCCUGAAGCAGCAGCUGGCCGACGAGUUCUCCGCCCCUCAGGGCUGCGAGGAGGGCGUGCGUCUGCUGGAGGACUCGGACCGACGACGGGUCCGUUCGGCGGCGCGCGCUCUGCUCACCGCCGGGGACGGACUCCCCGAGCAGCGACGAGACGAGCUGCAGACUCUGAUCAAGAGUUUCCUGAACGUGAACGAGGAGGAGGAGGAGCUGACGGACGACGUGCUGCAGCAAGCCGCCGGAUUGGAGACCAGGAUCUUCAACGAGGCGUACGUACCUCACGGUCUGAAGGUGGUCCAGGCUCAAGCCGGGCAGGGCCUUCAGGGUCUGAUGGAGCUGGAGCGUCGCUGGAGGCAGCACUUCCUCACCACCAUGCAGCCACGACACCUCCCUCCUCUGUGGGCCGUCGACCACAACCACAGCAAGUUCCUCCGCAAGUACGGAGAGGACCUGCCCAUCAAACUCAACUGACGAGUCUGCACGAGGACCAGGAGCUGCUAAAGACUUGAGGCCGGACACCCGACUUUUUUUAAAGCAACAGACGGAUGAACUCGUGGACCAGCCUGGACUGAAAUGUCUGUUAACGCUGUUGUCAUGACGACGCACAAUGUUUUGGUUAAUUCCUGGUGACAUGAAGAACCGUCUGAGAGGAAAAAGACUUUGCAGAGAGAGGGUUGUUUUAAUAUGAAUUUAAAUUAUUUAACACUCUGCCCUGCUUCAGCUUUCACUCUAUUGUCUGUUUUAAGUCAAUAGGUGGAAGGUGAGAUUCCCCCAGAAACACGUUGACGCCCCGUUUCCUUUUCUAAAAGACGGGUUGGGCUUCAAGGUGCCGCUGGGCUGCGUCUCACAGGUCGUGUUUCUGCAGGGGGAGAUGAAUGCUACCCACGGUACAGUCGGCUCGUUACCUCCAUCAUUUAAUCUCCUGAUGUUUCCGUCCUGCUGCUGACUUCUCCUGACGGCUGGGACUCUCUAUGGCUCGUGUUUUAACGUGCCUCUUAAUCCCCAAAACCUGACGGGAGACGUGUCACAGCAGCGGGGCGUCAACUCGCUUCAGUUUGUCAGCAGUUUUUUGUUUUUCACCACGACGUCGUUUCACACAAUCCAAACCCGCACAGAGAAGAGAUGCCGACUGUCAUGUGAUGUUUUGAACACUAAGCCCCUCCCCCUCCGUCUUUGCAAGGCACAUUUAUCUUUUUAGAGCGCGAUGAAUUUCUUUACAACACAGCUGCUUUCUUUCUUCCUGGAUGUUAGCCUGCCAGCUGUUUUGUUUUCCUAAAUUGUGAAUGAUACAAAAUAAUAAAGUAAUGUUUGUAUUAAUGAA